AUGAGUCCACUUACUGUCACCAUCCUUUGUGUCCUUAUGGGCCUUUUGGUUUCUGAAAUCUCCUGUGAAGCACCCAAGAAAGAAGUCCAGAAGAGUCUAGAAAACGAGGCAGCAUUUCUAAAAGUUAGACUCGCCUUGAUGAAGAAUCACUACAAGCUCUUGUGUCACCAGUUCUCCAGUUUGGCACAGAACUGCUCAGCUCCAGCUAUCAGAUGCACAGAGUGUCCUGAUGGGUGGCUUCAGGUUGAGGAUCAGUGCUUCUUCCUAAGCACUGAAAGGCUGGAUUUUUCUACCAGUGCUGCUAAAUGUAAAGAUAUCGGUGCCCAUCUUGCCAUCUUGACCACAAGAGAGCAGCAUGAGGCUGUGGAAAAAGAAGGCAGGAGGCUUGGAGGACACUACAUCUUCUACUGGAUUGGACUGAGUGACGCUACGAAUGAAGGAGACUGGAGAUGGAUGGACAACUCAAUGCUCACAACCUCGUUUUGGAACGUGCAUAAAUCAGAACCAGACAACCACACCUCUGGUGGUCCAGAUGGAGAGGACUGUGCAGUGGUGGACAGCCACAGUCAGAGCUGGUACGACGUUCCCUGUGGGUUCCAGUAUCCUCGGAUCUGUCAGAAGGCCGCCGACCCGCUGAUAUGAGACCAUCAAGCACAC